AUGCUUACUGAACCAUCAACACACACAUGGACAUCUUUAGGUUUUAACGGUACAAUAUCGAACAUUUCCAAUAGUUUUGGUUAUCAUACAACGACAACUCCUUCAUCUACAUCAUCAUCAACAUCAUCAACAAAUAUUGGUGGUGAUUCUAGACUUAAAAAUGACUAUGAUAAUGGAUCACGACGUAAUAAUAAUGCUAAUGAUUCCAAUUCAAAUACAGGUCAACAACAACAGCAACAACAACAGUCAUCAUCUUGGUCGUCAUUAGUUAAAUCUGAAUCUCCACAUGGACUAAGAGAUCCUUAUUCAACAUUUUCUAGUCAAUCAUUUUUUCCUCAUAAUGGUCAUAGAUUUGGUAGUGGAGCAUCAGGUACUGGUCAAAUACAAUUAUGGCAAUUUUUACUUGAACUUUUAUCGGAUACAAGUGCAAGUGCAAUUAUUGGUUGGGAAGGUUCGAAUGGUGAAUUUAAAUUAAUUGAUCCAGAUGAAGUUGCACGUCGUUGGGGUGAACGUAAAUCUAAACCUAAUAUGAAUUAUGAUAAAUUAUCUCGUGCAUUACGUUAUUAUUAUGAUAAAAAUAUUAUGACAAAAGUACAUGGUAAACGUUAUGCAUAUAAAUUUGAUUUUAAUGGUUUACAUCAAUUAAAUCAACCACAAUUACCUGAAUCACCUUAUACAAAAUAUCAACAAGAAAUGAUGCGUUCAUCACAAGCUCAUGCAGCUUAUUUUAAAUGGAGUGCAUUAAGUUCAGCAGCAGCAACAACAUCAGCAGUUCAUAUGCCACAUCAUCAUCAUCAUCAUCCAACAACGGCCGUUGCUGCUGCUGCUGUUGCUUCAACAGCAUAUACAAACUAUUGGAAUCAUCCUAAUACAUAUGACUAUACAGCUAAUUUUCCAACAGCAAAUCCAUAUCUUUCAUCAUCAUAUUGGGUUAGUCCAACAGCAAGUACAACAUCAACUGGAACAGGCGGUUUAUCAGUAACAAGCACAGCAUCUACUGCCAUUUCACCAUCAUUACCUUACUAA